CUUUGGUAAAGAGGGAGAAGAGGGGCUGCAAGUCAGAGAGUGGACACAUUCACAACUGAAUAUUGUGAAUAAAGAAGAUGGCUGCCAAUUCAUUUCAGAGGAUGCCGCAGCCUGGGGAUUUGAUUGAGAUAAAUCGGGGGAAGAUUCAACACUGGGCAGUGUACAUCGGAGAUGGUCUCAUCAUCCACCUCACAACUGGCCCAGAAAAAACAAUUCUCUCCAUUUCUCCAAAGGCCACAGUGAGAAAGGACAAGAUGAGUGAGGUAGUGGGGACAGAUGCGUACCGUGUCAAUAAUCUGCUUGAUGACACUUACUCACCGAGGAGCCCUGAUGCCAUUGUGAGUGAUGCCGAGAGUCGGGUGGGACAGGUCCUGCCAUACAACCUCCUUCAUCGGAACUGUGAGCAUUUUGCCACAGAACUGAGAUAUGGGAAACCGGAGUCACGACAGGUGCGAGAGGCAAUAGAGGCAGUCGGAGAAGCAGCAGCAGCAGUAGUGGGAACCGCUAGUGGUUCUGGGGUCCUUGCUUCUGUUCAAGUCCUUGCUUCUAGCUCUCGCUCUUGCUCUUAAAUUGAAUUCUGCUUGUGUUGCUAUCCACUGACCAUUUCAACAGCUCCAGUCACAUAUAGUAGAUUACUUCAGAUGUCCUAAAGCAAAUGGCAGGCAGAAAAAGCAAUGAAUAUAGAAUCCUGUUAAAAACCAAAAAUAAUAUGCCCUUAUAUCUUUUGACAACAAUAUCGUAUAUUUUUUUAUUUUAUAUCUGACAAGCUGAAAGUAUUUUGAGCAUUUCCAUACCAAGUUGACAGUUUUCCUCUCGACCAUCCAGUUGCAUUCAGGUGACCCUCUCAUUCCCUACAGUGAACUGCAUCUGGGAACGGCUACUGGUUCUGGGGUCUUUGCUUCUGUUCAAGCCCUUGCUUCUAGCUCUCGCUCUUAAAUUUAAUUCUGCUUGUGUUGCCAUCCACUGACCUUUUCAACAGCUCCAGGAAUGGCAGACCUUCACAUAUAGUAGAUGACUUCAGAUGUCCUAAAGCAAAUGGCAGGCAGAAAAAGCAAUGAAUAUAGAAUCCUGUUAAAAACCAAAAAUAAUAUGCCCUUAUAUCUUUUGACAACAAUAUCCUAUAUUUUUUUUUAUUUUAUAUCUGAUUUUGAGCAUUUCCAUACCAAGUUGACAGUUUUACGUAGUAUGUAGGCUCAGAGAAGGAGAAGGGCGGAACAAGAACAGAGCAAUGGAGUGAGGAGCGGGCAGGUAACUGUAACCUGUUCCAACAGGUAAACAGAAGUGGGAACAGACACGAGAAAGCAGGACAUGGCCUUUUUUCCAUGGCUGAUAUGGAUUUUAAAUCUUGCCUCUUUUCUAUACCCCAGUGAAACAGGAAGUGAUGGGGGUCUGAAUAAUGGACUAGCUAACAAACUGCCAGUACCUAGUAUAAAGGCCUUAUUUGGCGCACACGCACACACACAUUUCAAUCUCCCCUUUGUUAGCAUUGUGCUCCAUGAUUAGAUUGGUCCCUGUGUACUCUGUGUUUGUAGUUUUGUUCAAUAAAUUCUGUUUUUGGUGUUGCAUGACAUGAGAUCCGAGUCAAAUUAGUCCUCCGAAGAACUCCAACCUUCAGGUUAUCUGUAUGUUUAAUCAUUAAUAUUGGUUAUUUUAAUUAUUAAUUAAAAGACUAAAUUUGUGGUUAGAUAUUUCAGAUAAUAGUAAUUUUAUGACACUCAUUAAUAAUUGCAGUUAUACACUGCUUCCCUUACAUAUUGCACUCAUGUAUAUGUUUUAAAGAUCCGUACAGCCGUUGGGCCCAAUAUAUAUUCAUCCUCAUCAUUAUUUUGUAGAGCUUAAAAACCCUAUAUACAUAAUUGACCAGGGGUGCUUUUCCUGAAGCCUUCUUAACGUAAGGUUGGUCUGGACCUCUCUUAGCUAUACCUUAGCGAUGUUGCCAGCUCACUCCGCUAGUGGCCACCACUGUUACGACCGCAAGACUCUGAAAUCAGCUGUUGCUCUUCGUUACAUCUCAAUCUGUUAAGCAAUAUGUACACUGAUAAUUCUACAGUUGUAGUUGGCUCAUAAUAUUACUAAAAUACCACAUUAAUGGCACUGUUUUCAUGCAAAUAAUAAGGUUGUAAAUUACAAAGGAUGCAUGUUUCACUUUAUUGAACAUGUUGCUUAAUUAAGUGAAAUUCAUAAACAGAUGAUUUCCCACUCUCUCUUUGUGCUGGAGCGAUGUUUAACCAUAGGUCUUUCUUGUUUUAGUUGGACACCGCAGUCAUAAAAUUGGAAAAUAAUGUUUCUUUAUUAAGCGCCACGUCUAACAAUAUCUCCAUUUUGUUUGCUGUGAAGCUGUGGGACCGCUUAUUUCUUUGUUUUGUUUCUGCCAUGUAAAAAAAUAAAAUAAAAAAUCAUGUUGCUG